AUGCCCGCCACCGGGCGGGCCAUUGGCUCCGGCUAUAGUGACGUGGUCGGCGGGCGGGCGGGCCGGCCGGCCGGGAAGAUGGCGGAUGUGUGCGAGCGCUGGUGGGCCGAGCUGCUGCGGCACCCGCUGUUGGGGCAGCUGAGGGAGGGCGGCCGGCGGCUCAACGAGCCCGCCAAGAACCUCCUCUUCUGCCUGGACAGCGACAUCUUCUUCUGGGAUGGGGCCAAGAGCGUGUUUCAUACCACCAACCUCAAGAGCCUGAACUCCGGGGUCGUCUCACACCAGACAUUACUAUGCAUAUCCACCUUGUUUGAAGUGAAUGAAGUUUUGCUUAGUCCAACGCAGCAUCAUGUGCUACUUAUCGGAACUAAAGGUAUGAUGGUGCUGGAGCUGCCACAGCGAUGGGGGAAAAGAUCCGAGUUUGAGGGUGGAAAAUCCAAUAUCAAUUGUCUGACAGUUCCUAUAGCAGAAAGAUUCUUUACAAGUUCAACAUCACUGACAGUAAGACAUGCUGCUUGGUACCCCAGUGAAACUGAAGAGCCUCAUGUCGUCGUAUUAACUUCUGAUAAUUCUGUGAGGUUUUAUGACUUAAAACAACCUCAGACACCCAUCAAGUUGUUCUGCCUUACUCAGAGUGAAGAAGAAAGUAUUGUACCAACUACAAGUAGGUCAUAUGCAGCAUCACUUGGUGAGAUUGCAGUCGCAUUUGAUUUUGGUCCUUUAAUGAGUGCCCCUAGGCAUCGUUCCAAAGAGGUCUUGGUUCAUCCGCUCUAUAUCCUAUAUGAAAAUGGCGAGACCUUCUUAAUAUACUGCAAUCUUACUUACAACAGUACUGGACUCAUUGGAAAGUUGCUGGGUCCACUGCCUAUGCACCCAGCUGCUGAGGAUAAUUACGGAUAUGAUGCUUGUGCAAUACUCUGCCUACCCAGUGUCCCCAACGUCCUGGUCAUUGCUACUCAGUCUGGCAUGCUGUAUCACUGUGUUGUGCUUGAGGGGGAUGAAGAGGAGGAUCAGAUGACUAAUGAAUCGUGGGACCUGAGGUGUGAACCUAUCCCUUCCCUAUAUGUGUUUGAAUGUGUGGAAUUAGAAUUGACCCUGAAGCUGGCAACAGGGGAUGAUGAUGAGCAACUACAAUCUGAUUUCUCCUGCCCAAUCACAUUGCACAAAGAUCCAUUAUGUCCUACACGGUAUCAUUGCACACACAUUGCUGGUGUACACAGCAUUGGGCUAACCUGGGUCAAUAAACUGGAACAAUUUCUCCUCACAGAAGAACAAGAUAAGACUUGCCUCCAAGAAUUGGCAGCAGAGCAGAAAUGCAUAGUGGAACAUAUUCUGUGUACCAAACCGCUACCGUGCAGCCAGCCUGCACCAAUCAAAGGAUUCUGGAUCAUUUCGGAUCUCUCUCUGGGAGCUGCAAUGAUUUGCAUCACGGAUACGUAUGAAUGUAUCAUUAGACAACUACUGGCCACCACGCGGCCAGUGUCACCGCCACUACUGUGUUCCAACCCAGAGUCCAGCUCCAUUGUAUCUCCGCUGCGAAACUUCUCCAGCAACUCCUUUGAACAACACAUCGCCAACAUUUUGCGUCGCAAUACAACAAAUCCGCUGCUUCUGAGAGCUUCAGAUGCAGAGGGAGCUCCGCCGCCACAGGAGUGCUUGCAGCUUUUGAGUCGAGCCACCCAGGUUUUCAGAGAAGAGUACAUCCUCAAACAGGCUCUUGCAAGAGAAGAGAUAACACGGAGGGUGAAGCUUCUAAGUAAUCAGAAGAAUAAGCAGCAGCACGAUCUUGCACAGUGCCUCAAGGAAAAAAAACUUCUGCAGGAAAUGGCAGAGAUGCUUGCUAGCAAAUACGAGGAGGUAAAAUUCAACCAAGAAGCAGUGAUGAAAAGGGUGAAGAAAGUUCUGCACAAUUUUAACUCGCACCUUCCUGUGCUGUCUGACAGUGAGAGAGAUAUGAAGAAAGAACUUGUUAUUAUCAAUGACCAGCUCAAUGACCUGGAAAGCAGCAUUACGCAGGUGCAAAUGAAGACUGAGUACCAGCAGAAGGAAAUACAGCCGGAAGAGAAUGCACGGAAAAAGAGCAUCACUCUCAGUGCUUCUCAGAAGAAAUGCAUCCAUUCCGUGCUAAAGGAGCAGGGUGAACAUAUUGCUGAAAUGGUGAAGAAAAUUAAUGACAUACGAACUCAUGUAAACUUUUAAGUGCUAUUUUGUUCUCAAAUGGCAGUGUAUUCUUCAAGACGAAAUGCUUGUAGAGGUGUGUAGGAUGAGGAACAGUGAGAAUUCCCGAAACAAACCGAAGUAAUAUGGUGGCAAUUCAGACUCUGCUAACCUCCAGCGCUAAGUUUUGAUGGCAUUUUGUACAAGAUGGAAUGGAUUUCACUAGGUUUUUGUUUGCCGUAUACAUAGUAUUCAGAUUAUCUCCCUUCACUAAAGAUUAUUGAACUAGUACAUUGUUUUCUAUAUUUCUUUAAUUCCAUGUUAUUAAUGAUCUCCUUUCAAGAGAAUACUUUCUUCUCUCAAGUCCCUGAUUCAUGCUGUGGACAGGUGCACCCCUUCUCUAAAUGCCAGUCCUUGUGUAAGGCCAGGAAAUGGGUGAAAACAGGCCGUUCUCACACCUGCUUGAUCCAGGGAUUGUCUGUUUUAAAUGACUGAAUAUCAACUGGAUCCACUAUUUGGGUAUCAGCUUUUAUGAAGGGCUAAAACCAAAGCUCUCUUGGAUACGUUGUGGUUUGGAUUUGAUUACUUGCUUUUCUCAUUUUCUCAUAGCUUAGGGGGUCAUUCAACCCCUCACAUCUAUGCUGACUCUCAGAGCAAUCCCACUCCCCUACUUAUUUUCCUCUAACCUAUUUUCUCUCGUUCUCACGUACCCAUUAACUCCAACCUGACUCUCCUACCACAAACCAUGCACAAUUUACAGUAACCAGUUAAUCUAUCAACCUUUGUGAUGUGGGGAGGAAACCACAAUCACAGGGAGAACGUGCAAACUCCACCAGAGGUAGCGUUGAACCUGGGUCGUUGGAGCUGUGAGUCGGCAGUGAGCUGUGUUUAUGUUGUUUAGUCUGCAAUGAUGAGUAAACGUACUCUACCACUGCCAGCAAUGCUCAGAAACAGCCGUCUGCUCUUAUUAUUACUAUUUCAGUCUGCCUCAGCACAGUGUGUCAGUUGUAAAUCCUGGUCUUGUAACCCAGUGUUGUACAUUAGCAAAGGAGGACACUACUUGGCCAGAUUAGUCAUCCUGUCUCAGUUUGUUUCUAUGAUUAUCUAAAAUCUUUUAAUGUUUGAAAUAUUUCAGAAGCUCUUGCAAAUAAGUCUGUCAACUUGUGUACUCUCCUAUUUAUUUUGUACCUCACAGCUUUUAUGGUGAUUUAUGCAAAGUGAAUCCAGGUUUUGCAUGGACAAUAUCUGCUGUAAAUAUUCAGUCACACUCAACAACAAAAUGCUGUGCAAAAAAAGUAGCAAUAUCUGUAACAUGUGGAUCAUGUCAAACAUGUUUUACAUUUUGAUCAGUUUUAGUCUCCAUUGAAGCUAAAAUUAGCCAUUUUUAAAAAAAAAUUAAGCUUACAACCCAAAGUACACAAGCUAAUUACUGUUUUUUUCAAAAGAAGGUAAAUUGAGAUGCAAUUUUUGUACACUGCACAAACUUUUGUGUCUGAAUAAAUAUUUUUAUGUGGUA